AAUAAUCAUGGCUGAAUCGGGUAUCGAUUUGGAUUUCGACUUCGAAAUCGACUACCAAUGUCUAAUGGAUGAAGAUAAACUGGAAGAGGUAUUACCGGCUGUCAAGGUAUCCGGACCUCAUUCCGAUGAGGUCGAAUUCUAUGAAUUGAAAUCGGCCACCCAAUCAAUCCGCCCCGACAGUAUACCCACCUUUAAGACCGUAACUCCCACCUCAAGGACACAGCUAAAAUUACAGCUGCAGCGUGAACAGCAACAAGAAAUGGAACGGCUGGAGGCAGAGAAACGUGAAGCAGAGGCUUUAGAAAUGCAGCGACAACAAAUGCAACAACAACGCCAACAGCAGCAGCAACAACAACAAAUCUACAAUAUCCAACAAAGUAGUUCACAACAGAUUGUGGCCAACAGCAAUGGCAGCCAAAAUCGAAAUCGUUUCGAUACUCACAAUUCGCAGAAUAGUUUCAACACCACUCCCCAGUCCGCCAGCAGUCCCAUGACUUUAAAAGUCCCCCUACAAAAUAUCGAAGUUGACGUGCCGCAACAGGUGUUGCAGGUGCGCACCGUCCUGGAGAAUCCCACCCGUUACCAUGUGAUACAAAAACAAAAGAAUCAGGUCCGCCAGUAUUUGAGUGAAUCGUUUAAGCAGUCCGAAUGGAAUGGCCAAUUGUUCCAGAAUAAAAAUACGGGUGCCUCGGCCUCAGCGGGUAAUCUUAAGUUAAUUGGCGGUGGCAAUAAUGGCAAUCAACAAGAUCGUUCCAGCAGCUAUAGUGGUGGUAUGGUCAACAACAAUAGCAACAAUGAAAAUAACUCACCUCGCCAUGUGCGCAUAACAACAGCAGGAUCGAACACGCCAAAUAGUUCGUCAAUGAUGGAUGAUGCCAUAACAUUGUCACCCUUCAGUGUGGGCAGCAAUAACAACAACUACUACAACAACAACAAUAACCUCAAUUCCUCAAACGAUCUUCCAAACUCCAAAACAAAUGGUAAAAAAUCCAAUUCCCUGCAAAGCCGCUCAAAUCCCAACAACUUGGUCACGCUUAUGCGCAACACAAAUCUCUUGGCCACCACCAAUGGCUCGGGUGCCGGCAGUAUUACCAGUCCUCUACACUCAACACCCAUGUCGCCCGGCCUCAGCUCCGUGGCCACAAGCAAUUCAGAAAUUCCCUCCUUUGAAAGUGAUGCUGAUUUGGAUUUCGAUGAAAUUCUACACGGCUGUGAUUCGCGCAACCUUAACGACACCAUGAAAAUGGACGAGGGCAACAACAGCAAUGCCACAACGCCCAGUGGCAGUUAUCCCAGCGAAAUUCAAGUCAAACAGGAGCCGAAUUCAUUCAACGAGGUGGAGGCCAGUGCCUUAGCCAAGGAUCGCCAGAAGAAAGACAAUCACAAUAUGAUUGAAAGACGUCGCCGCUUCAACAUCAAUGAUCGCAUCAAAGAACUGGGUACGCUACUGCCCAAAACCAAUGAUCCCUACUAUGAGGUGGUUAGAGAUAUACGACCAAAUAAGGGUACGAUAUUGAAAAGUUCCGUGGACUACAUCAAAUGUUUGAAGCAUGAAGUGGCGCGCUUGAAACAGAAUGAGUAUCGUUUUCGCCAGACCGAGGCUCAAAACCGGCGUCUACUCAAUCGUAUUAAGGAGUUGGAAAUGCAGGCUAAGUCCCACGGCCUACCGUUGAGUGAUUUCAAUGUGACCUCGGUGUCCGCACCAACCAAUAGUGCCUCAUAUUUGAAAUGUCCUAGUCCCACGGCAACUGCAGCUACCACAGCAAUAGCAGCCUCAUCGCUGAAUCAUCAUUCAACGCCGUUAAUAAAUGAGGCUACAACAACAAACACAGAUACCAAACCGCCAACACUUUUAAACGGUGGCGCCAACAAUAACAACAACACUAAAAACACUCUCAGUAUUAAUACCACAAAUGAAGAUAUGAUGGAGGAUAGUAAACCUGUGAUAAUACAUGGUGACGAUCCAAUGUUUUCGGCCCAAACCAAUGGUAGCCAGCUAAUGUCGUCAGCUCCUCAUUCACCCAUCACCCACAGCAAUAACAACAACAACUGCAGCAAUAAUAACAACACCAGUCUGAGUGGAAGUCUACAUGGCUUUGGCUCAUCGACGAAUGGCAACGAUUGUGGUCAUCACAAUAGCAAUCAUCAUUUAUCCAUUGAUGAUUUAUAUGUUUGUGGUGGCGGUGGUGGUUCCUCAAUGCCCUCACCAUCUGGUCUGGGUCACAAUAACAGCGGUUACAACAAUUCACCAAGUUGUUGUGGCGGCAACAAUGACAACGGCAGUUCGCUUAUGUUGAAUGGCAGUUGUUGCAAUUUGAUUGGCAGCUGCAGUUGCUCCCACAAUCAUCUGCAUUUGGGCAGCCAACAUCAACACAACACACAUCACCACCAUCAUCCGAAUAGUUCCAGUCUCUUACAAUGUCCUCCAAGUCCCAGCAAUGGCAGUACUGGCAGCAGUCCAAAUUUUGGUUUACUAUCGGUUGGUGAUAACGGUCAUUUGCAUUACCACCACCAUCAUCAUCAUCAUAGCGAUAGUUAUCCAACAUCUCCGUCAUCGCUACAACAUGGCCGUGAUCCAUUACUGUCAUCUUCACAUCAACAUACCUUGGACGGGCAAAGUCAUUUGGAUACUUUGGAGCCAGCACAGCAUCAUCAUCAUCAUCACAGUGAUUUGCAUCAUAUGCGCGAUGACAAUGAUGAUCAUCACCAUCAUCAUUCGGUAGAUCUCUCACAUGCCAUAAUGGGUGAUCAAUUGGGCAUGGUAUCAGCGGGUCCAAAUGAAUCGCUGUUAUUGUCACCGGAUUCGUUGGACAUUGAUAUGCCUUGA